UCGUCGCGUGGAUUCCACACAUUUUAUUUCAGUCAGUCUUCGAUCUUCAAUGGGAAAGGUUGAGUUCUUAGGAAACUGACCCAAACUUUCACUUUUAAAUUCAAUUCUCUUCAUUUUACUUUCCUUCUUCGGCUAAAGAAGUAGGAAAAGGAAUUUUUUGUGACUGAACUAACAGCAAAAAAGAUCGUGAGUAGUAGUGCCAAAAUAUCAAAAAUAAUUUCCUAGAAGUUUUUGAGGGAUUGUAAAUUCCAUCAAAAUGGAGAAGGAUCCAAAUAAAGACGAUACCAUUGCAAAUGAUAAUUCCAAUGCAGACACGGCGGUGGCAACCGACGAAGAAGGACAACAGAAGAAAUACAAGUAUCCUAAGCAAAUAGGAUUCAUCAUCCUCAAUGAACUCUGCGAGAGAUUCAAUUACUAUGGCAUGAGAACGGUCUUGGUGCUGUAUCUCACGAGGGAACUACUAUUCGAUCAGGAUACUGCCACUGUUAUUUACCAUUCUUUCACUAGUGCCGUGUAUUUUCUCACGGUUGUUGGAGCUAUCAUUGCGGACUCAUGGCUUGGAAAAUAUCGCACAAUCCUCUACUUAUCAAUCGUUUACGUGAUUGGCUCCAUACUACUGUCCUUGGGUGCAAUGCCACCACUUAAUCUUCCUGCCACUGCUAUAACAAUUAUCGGCCUAUUCCUAAUUGCAAUCGGAUCUGGUGGUAUUAAGCCAUGCGUAACAGCUCUGGGAGCCGAUCAAUUUAAGCUACCUGAACAGCUUAAGCAAAUGGCAACGUACUUUUCACUCUUCUACUUUUCAAUCAACACCGGAUCGAUGAUCUCAACCCUAGUCACCCCAAUUCUUCGUCAGGAUGUGCAAUGCUUCGAAAAGGACUCGUGCUUCUCAUUGGCAUUUGGUGUACCAGCCAUUCUUAUGUUCACCUCAAUCCUAAUCUUUGUUGCUGGUAAAUUUUUGUACGUGCUAAAACCACCAGCAGGAAAUAUGCUUGUUCGUGUAUCUUCAUGCAUUAAAAAUGCCCUUUCUGUACGGAGGAAGGAACGUAAAACGAAUCCUCGUGAGCACUGGCUUGACUACGCCGAAGAAAAGCAUGGAAAAGAACUUAUUACGGAAAUUAAGACACUCUUCAAUGUUCUUGUCCUGUACAUCCCCCUACCCGUGUUCUGGGCACUCUUUGACCAGCAAGGAUCAAGAUGGACAUUCCAGGCUACACGUAUGGAUGGUCAAGUUGGAGCGAUUAAUUUUAAGCCCGAUCAAAUGCAAGUGAUCAAUCCUGCUCUCAUCUUGAUCUUCAUCCCACUGUACGACAUUGCAUUCUACCCAUUGCUUUCCAAAAUUGGCAUCCGGAGACCACUGCAAAAAUUGACUUUGGGCGGAUGCCUCGCUGGUGUGGCAUUCAUUAUUUCAGCCAUCCUCGAAAUUCAACUGGCCAAAACCUAUCCUGUCAUUGCCCAAGCAGGGGAAGCACAAUUGCGUGUCUUCAAUGGCAUGCCAUGCACAUAUUCCGUCACAACCAACAUCCCCAAUCAUUUGAACUUCGAUAUAAGUUCAAUGGAGUCAUUCACAGAGAGGCAUAUAGAAGUGGAGAAUACACAAUCUUUCACAUAUUCAAUGACAUCCAAUAACCCAGCCUGCACUGAGACCUUUAGUGGCACAUUCGUACUGACUUCAGCAACUGCAACGAGUUACUUUAUCAAUCGCGAUGAAGUUGUGGGCUUUGAAGAUGAUCCCGAAAAGUCUUACAAUGGAUAUCCUAUUAUAAGAGUUCUAGCCAACACGGAGACUACACACAGUAUAUCGUUCCAGGAUAUUCACGAUGAUUUCAGGAUGAGAUAUGAGAAUAUCACAACUCAAAUGGAAAAGGGUGAUAUUUGGCCCUCUACUUACGAUAUUGUUGUCAAUGACAUCACUGUAGCACAGUACGAAUUGAGAUUAGGAGGUGUUUAUGCGAUUAUUCUCAUUGAAACAAGUACUAAUGUUUUUACUACGAAUUUAGUUGAAGUAUCUGAGCCUAAUUCUAUGAAUAUUCUUUGGAUUGCACCUCAGUUCAUUGUCCUCACAUUGGGCGAAGUUAUGUAUUCCGUGACUGGUCUUGAAUUUUCUUACUCCCAAAGUCCAGAAAGUAUGAAAUCCGUCAUUCAAUCUGCUUGGCAGCUAACGGUCGGCGUGGGGAAUGUGAUUGUAACCAUUAUUGCUAGUGCCAGAAUCUUCGAUUCUCAAGCAGCUGAAUUCUUCCUAUUUGCCGGUCUAAUGUUCGUCGACAUGGGAAUAUUUGCAAUUCUCGCAUGGCGCUACAAAUAUGUGGGUGGUGUUGGGGAUGACAAUAAGACGAAAUCUGAUGCCAACGAUACAAAUAAUGAAAAAGCAACCACACUCUCCACUUCCAAUUUGAAAGAAGACUAAAAUGUAUUAAAGUCCAGAAAAAAUAUAUUCCAAAUAAAGAAUAAAAAAUAUA